AAUUGACGGACGAAUAAUCUAGCUCAGGGUUUAUACCACCAAAUACGUUAUUCUACAGAUUACCCAGAUCUGAAGAACCUCACCACCCCUUCCUCCAUCCCCUCUGUGGAUCACUACACUUCUACUAGAACACAAACAAAGUUCCCCUUCAUCCAUCGCAUCCCCCCCCCUCCCCCGCUGGGCAUUCCGCCCACAAUGUUCCACUAUCGAACCGAAGGCUUCAACGGCUACUCCGUGAAGUACUCCCCCUUCUACGACAACCGUCUCGUGACCGCCGCUAGCGCCAACUUCGGCCUCGUCGGUAAUGGUCGAUUAUACAUACUCUCUUUGACUCCGACGGGGAUCAUCUGCGAGCGAUACUACGACACGCAGGAUUCGCUCUUUGACGUUACCUUUAGCGAGUCGCACGAGAAUCAGGUUGCUGUUGCGAGUGGAGACGGGAGUAUUAAAUUGUUCGAUACAGCGUUGGAGGGGGUUUUUCCGAUCGCGAAUUGGGGGGAGCAUAAGAGGGAGGUUUUCUGUCUCAGUUGGAAUUUAGUAGAUAAGAGCGGGUUUGUGAGUUCUAGUUGGGAUGGGGAUGUUAAGCUUUGGUCACCAACUAGCCCCCACUCACUUCUCACGAUCCCGAUCCACAGUUGCACCUACAGCGCGCUCUUCUCCCCACAUUCGCCAACUUUAAUCUCGACCGCAUCCUCAGACUCCACCGUCCGCCUCUUCGACAUCCGCACCCCACCUUCCUCCCCCACCCUCUCGAUCCCCGUAUCCCCCAAUGCCCCCUCCGAACUCCUCACUCAAGACUGGAACAAAUAUCGCCCAGAUGUCCUCGCCGUCGCCGGAGUAGAUAAAGUGAUCCGAACCUUUGACGUACGCUUCCCCAACAAUGGCCCACUCGCCGAGCUGCUCGGGCACGAAUACGCAGUGAGAAGGAUCGCCUGGAGUCCACAUUGGGGGGACGUACUCAUCAGCGCAAGCUACGACAUGACGGUCCGGGUCUGGAGUGACGGGAGCAGCAACACUACAGCUCCAGGGGUAGGCGGGGGGCGGGGCAGGAUGAUGGGCGUCAUGGAUCGGCAUACGGAGUUUUGUGCAGGCGUGGAUUGGUGCUUGUUUGGUGGCGAGGGGUGGGCUGCUAGUGUUGGCUGGGACGAGGCGGUUUGGGCAUGGGAUGUGGGAAGCGUUAUGGGAAGUCGGUAGGAUUCGCCCGGGGGAGUGGGAUGGGGGUUGGGGUGUGUAAUAACAUGUUUGAUAAGUCAUCACAAUGGCCGUAUGUGCCGUGAGAAGGGGUGAGCGGGUGAUAUC